AUGAGGGUGAACGUCGGCGAUGAGAAGCGCAGCAAGCGGAAGCUCCCGGCCGCUGCAGCUGCUGUAGACGAGGGAGAAGCGAAGCCUUUGCAGAGUGACACACACACGACGCGCCACUCGAAGCUGCAGCUCAAAUGCAGGGACGGCACGACGUUUGACGUGACAUACGAACAGGCGAUGAUGUCAUCCACGCUCUGGGUGUUGAUGCAAGAUGUGUCCGGGAAGAAGUCCAAGAACGGCGUCAAACAGCACGUCAUUCCCAUCUUUGACGUGCCUACAGACAGUGUACAGUGCGCAUUGGACUACUGCAGUUGUCUGUACAAACAGCAGGUGGACCUAGUAGAGACUGCAAUGUUAGACUGGGAAGACGAGUUUGUCAGUCUCGAGUCAAAGGAGCUGUGCGAUCUGGCGAAGGUGGCGUCAAAUCUGGAUAUUCAACCGCUCGUGGACUUAACCUGCCGAUCCAUUGCACAGAUCAUGUCCGCGACAUCGGAAGCGGAUGAACUGCGGAAGAAAUUUGGGCUAGAAGACCCACCUGACGUCGAAUGCAGUUGUGAGCUGCGAAGUGAUAUGGCUGGCUUCGACUUUGACAUGUUUAAUACUCUGGAUCACGAUCUCUCUACAGAGGAGUAUGAACUCGUGGAGUUCGACCAGCCAAGUGUCGAUGAGCUAGUUACUUUCAUCAAUGGCAGCGGCAACAAUCCGAACGCGACAUCGAAUAUCCAGCAACAACAAGCCAAGAAGAAUUGCCAUUUACACGGAGAGAACUCGUCGGAUCCAGGCGAUUCCAAUAACAGCAGCGUUUCCUCUAGUAAAAAGAAGCGUAAAAAACGCAAAAAGAAGAAAACGCCGCCCACUUCUCGCGACUCCAAGUCGAGCAGCAGCGACGAGAAAGAAGAACCGGAUCCAAAACCAGCCAAGACGACGAGCUCUCGAAAAGGGAAGAACAAGCCUCAGACAAUGGAGGAAAAAGUCCGGUUAGCUCGACAGAACCCGAGUGCUGUGUUCAAGGAGUCGCAAUUCGAAGACGACGAUGACGAAGAUAUGGCUAAAGUGAUCAAGAUGUUUGAGCUGAACCUUGAGUCUGCAUACCGCGACUGCAACAAGAAGAAGAAACCGCGUCUAGAUUUUGCACCUCGUGAAGUGUUCCGGCCCUCGCUAGUGCAGUCGUCACAAUUUGAGUUCGUGCAACGUCGUCUCUCAGCCACGAUGACGUAG